AUGAAUUAUGACGACCUACAGCUAAACUUUGAUGAACUAAUGAGUAGGGUAGAUAUAGCAGUAAGUAACAGUACGAACCCACUGGAAAUCACCAACCUUAACAAUGAACUCAGAUAUGUGAAGAACCUAAUGGAGAAACGUGAUAUCACAGAAACAACCUUCACUGAGGGUAAUGAUGGUACAGUAAACAUUUCAGGUCCAUCAGGAACCACAAACGUUCAAGGGGUAGAUUUUGUGAAAGAAGUAGACGAUUUACUUCCAGAUGUACUAGAUGCAUUUGAUGAUUCAUUUGACACAGAAUGGCAAGACAUAGAGAGACGUUUGAAUAAACUAAAAAAGUUCUCAAAAGACCGGCUUACAGCACAGAAGAAAAGAGACUUUGAAAACCAGGUAGAACGUGUUCAAGCUGUCACAAGAGUUAUUCAAGCUAAGGAGAAAAUAAACCUCAACCCAAGGAACAGAAACGUUAGAGAACUUAUAAAGCGGUCAUCUGUUAGAACACUUAGUGAUGGCAUAGAGGUAUUAAUGUUUAAAAGUGAGAAAGGUAUUGACGGGAGUGGGACACAAAUAAUGAAACGUGGUAAGACCAGUAUACCUGUGUACUCCAAGAAUUCACCUGCAUUGAGAGAAUAUAGGGAACUGAUAAGGAAAAUCAAGCAUGACCAGACUACAGACACAGAACCAGAGCAAGCUGUGGAUAUAAAUGAAGUAUCUGGUCAAAAUAGCUUUAUCUCUGAAGUAAGUGAAUUUGAGAACAUAGAACUUGUUAAUAUUGAACAACAAACUGACACUGACAUUUCAGGUCUUACACAAGAAGAGAAUAGGGAACUAAGAGGAGUUAUUAAACCGAAGGAGAGUGUGCUAUGGAGUUCACGUAUAGGAGAGAAUGGUGCACUUCAGAAACAGGUUGACCACUUUAAUGAAACCAUUUAUGAAACCAUUGAGAUGAGAGAUCAAGCGGAUGAUAUUGAGGAGUACAGAAGACUGGACAGUAGAGUAGAAGCCCUGAGGAAAGCUAGGGAUAAAACUGCAUUCCAAAGAGAGUUGGAGGAAGUAAGAUUUAAACAAGUUGAAGACAUUUCAAGAUUUAAAAGAUUUAAGGACUGGUUAGGGGAGAAUAAAGUCAGUCUCACAGGAAUAGCAGUGUCAACAGCAGCUCUAAUUACAACCUUAAUAGUUGGGACUAGGGGUGCAAUUAUUGGAGCAGCAAAGGCAACUGGUAAAGUAGCAAAGGCACUAGCAAACUUAGCAAGGAAAGGUGCUCCAAUUCUUAUACCAGUCCUGAAUGCUCUUGCAACAGCUCUAUCAUGGGGUGCUAAAGGAAUUACCUGGCUAGCAUCAAACUUAUGGGUUCUAGCUAUAGCGGCUGCAUUACUUACGUACGACUACUUACAACGCUAA